AUGGAUGAGAAGGGCGUCUACCCUCGACCUUGCGAGUUCGAAGCCAUCACUGCUGCGGCUAUGAAAGCAUGCGACGGGCUUGACGGCGUCGAGGAUGAGAUCAUUUCUAUGCCCUCUCGGUGCUUCUUUGAUGCUAGUACUCUCGUCGGCCAUGCUUCUGACUGCGGAGGGAAAGACGCGUUGUUCACUCCCGAAGCAGCAGAGGCGGCAAAUGCUGCUUGGAAUGGGCCGCGAAGCUUGACCGGCGAGUUUCAAUUUUCAAUGUUUGGUGCUCUCCAUACGUCGUGUGAUGGCGAAGGAGAGAAAUGCGCGCCGGUCAGGUUGUCCAUCGCCGAGGCGUACGCACGAUACUUUGUCGCCAAGAACGCCGACCUUGACCUUCAAGCCCUUGGUCACAGUCAGUGGGAUGAUCUUUUCGUCGCGUCACGGAACGAGUACGAAUCAAUCACCGGCACUUCCGAUCCCGACCUGAGCAGGUUCCGCAAGGCUGGAGGGAAGCUACUCAGCUGGCAUGGGAUGGCGGACCAGAUUAUCCCAGUCAACGGUACUGUCAAUUACACGGACAAAGUCCUCAAGAAGGAUCCCAAAGCCCACGACUACUUUCGCAUGUUUCUCGCUCCGGGCGCUGAUCAUAGUAUCUCAAAUGGCCUUGCUCCGCGUAACACGCUGUCGGCGCUGGUUGAAUGGGUUGAGAAGGGAAUUGCACCGGUCACGUUGCGGGUUGAGGGGCUCAACGCUUACGGCAAGCCUAUGACGAGAGACAUCUGCAUGUACCCGCAAGUUCAGCAUUACGUUGGUGGCGACCCAGCAUGGCCAUCAUCAUUUGCUUGCGUUUGA